GAAAGCUCUCCCGGAUCCAACCGACGAACGUUCGCGUGGCUGUGGGGCCAGCUCGUUGAGCUCCUCGAUGAGCUCCGAGAAGAGGCCAAUGAGGAAUCCAUCCGGGAUGCAUUGUUAAAGUCAGGGGCCAAAGGCACAAACCCGACAAAGAAGGAUGACCGUCCGAAAGCGGCGCCAGCCGCGCCAACGCCUGCUACUCCUGCCCCGCCAAACGGUCCCAAAGGUUCUGGAAAGGGCGAGAAGGGCAAGGACCCAAAGGGUAAGGGUAAAGGCAACGGUAAGGACAAAGGCGACCCCAAAGGUGGUCAACCUCCCAAGAAGCCAAAGGCUAAAGGAGAAGGCAAAGGCGGCAAAGCCGAGAGCAAAGCUCCGCCGCCGAAGGGUAAUCCACCCAAGACAGCUCCCGGGAAAUCCAGUGCGCCAAAGGCCAGUGGAGCAGCUGCCACGGCUGUCGCCCUGACGCUUCCCACUACGGCUCGGGGUUCUUCGGUCGUUGGAUCUUCCACGCCGAACAAGACAACAUUCUGGAAACGAUCGGGAUUGAGUAGUCUGUUCCGAACGAUUGUGGGUUGGUUUUCCGUCCUUCACAACGCUGUCCCAGCUGUGCUUCCCAAUGAGAGCAAGAGCGCUCUCCCUGUCAUGCAGACCGGCCCUUACCAUGUAGAUUGGAUUGCCGACACCGGCGCUGGCCGGAACUUGACCUCACUGAAGGCUCUAUCUCAGCAAGGUAUACCGUCUGAUGUGAUGCAGCAUGUCGCGCACUCACAUCCUGUCUCAUUCGCCACAGGGAACGGGGUAUACACUUCGGACGAGGUGUUGACUUCCGUUGGUGCGGACUUUGGGAACAGCACGUCAUACGUUAUGGACGAUUGUCCCAUCGUGCGUAGCCUCGGUGAGCUUGUGAAUGAAGGUCUUGUCAAAGGCCUUUCCUAUGGCUCCCCCGCGAACUGCCUUGCUUCCUUCAGUCCUCGGAUUGCGUUCAGUACGACGCGACUGGAGCCUCAUUCGCACAUCGUGUUGAGGGGAAUGUCCCGAUAUUUCGGGAAUCGAUCAGCUUCGGCACCGUUGCCGAUCGGAGGUAAGGCCGAGGAGAGAGAGAUCAUUGACGACGAGGCGCUAGACGGCAAAGCGGCCAGAUUGAUCAAGGCGAGGGGUGGGCUGGCGGAAACAGAAGCGUUCGGCGAUCGUGUUGCCGCCGAUCUUGUUGUCUUAACUAAGUCGUCAAAAGACGAGAAAGAGUCCACAGUCCUGGUUGUGAGGGAUGAACACACGGGUUGCGUCAGGGCAUUUCCGUUGUUCCGAAAGUUAACGGAAAACAUUGUUCGUUGCCUCUUGCAGUUUGUUGGGAGCCAUGCGGAUAAAGGGCCAACAGUGGUAUUCAAGUCAGACAAUGCUAAAGAGCUUGGGAGCGCAUGCAACCAAAUGUCUUGGAUCCCUGAGCCGACUCUGCCCAACAAAUGGCCCCACAACAGCAACCUCGAACGCGACAUUCGCACCAUCGAGGAAGUGACAAGAGCUGUUCAUCUCCAGAGCGGUUUUCAGAUUAGACCGGGAUUGUGGGUUCACAGUUGCGCUUAUGCAGCGUUCGUGUUGAACUUAAAACACACCUUGAAAGGUUCUGAACACACCCGAUGCAUAGCUGCGGUUGGUUCCGAGUUCUCUGGACGCCAGUUGUUGUUGGGUCAACUCGUGUUCUAUCGGACUGAUCCCAAGAGUCGUGCAAAGUACGAGCCAUCAGCUGCACCCGCGCUUUUCGCUGGAUGGAGCCUUGACUCCGGCCCUGGAUCGUUUAAGGGUGUGUAUCCGGUUCUUGAUUACCAAAAGGAGCUUUGGGUUCCAGAGGGUGAGCCAGUUUUCCCCAUGCGACAAGCUUUCGAGCAAGCUCUUGAGGGUUUCUCCGAUCCCAAGUGCCCGGAACUGAAGGGGUUAGAAAUCCCAUUUUCCCCACUUAGCGUUGACUCUGUACCUGCUGAGCGGCAGCGAUACGUCGCGCUGGAUAGAAUCAUCAAGUAUGGUCCUACUCCCGGGUGCAAGGGUUGCACAUUUGAUUCGAGACGACACACCCCCAUUUGCAAGGUUCGUUUUGAUGGGCUAGUCCGCGCAGACAAAGCUGCAGAGGCUAGGGUCAAGGAUAAGGGACCGUUGGAGCUUCCACGUCCCGACGAAGUAGAGGAUGAAAUCAUUGACCCCGAACCAAAGCCCUACGAUGGCGAACCUAGCGAUGCUGAAGGGCCUGAUGCCGCCGUUUCAGAGCACACCCCAUCGUUACAUGAUUACCGGGAUGCGGAGCCCCGUGACGAUGAUAUUAUAGCUUGUAUGUCCCCUCUGAAGCCGAAGAUGAGCCCGCAGCUGUCAACAUUGACCUCCGGUUAUCUCCAAACAGCGAGUUCCUCUGCCGUGAUCGCGAGAUCCGCCGAGCACCUGGAUCACGCAGGAAUCCCAAGCAAUUGGUUGAGUAUAGUUGUGGCGGUUCUGAUGAAUUAG